AUGGUGCGCAAAAAAAGGAAAGGUGUAGUAAAGGAGGCGGAUGCAACUGGGGCAGUAGUACCCAGUGGAGUGGAUCUGCGGCAAGUGUUAGAUCAGGUUCCUGUAAACGUAUCCCUGCCUGCCGCAUUUGGCGAUAACGACCUGGAAGCGUGGUACGAAGCGCUAUGCAGGGCUCGAGGCAGUCUCUAUGAGCAACUGAAGAUACUACAACUAUUUCGGUCCCACUCUAGAGUUUUGAUUACAUACAAUGACUCAGAUAGCAGCAACACCAUAAUCUCAAUUUGGCGACUAGUGUUCCGACUAAGUGUGACGACACUCGCGCAACCGUUGCGUAAAAAUUUAGAGCUGAUACUUGACGUCUUGGUGCAGAGCAAAAUCGAUGAAUUGCGAGUCGUAGCUUCUCAGGAGCUGAAAACUCACCUGAAUAAACUGAUGACAGAAGCAAAUGGUCCAGAUCUGACUGCUGAGCUGCGCGUGAGAUUGCUUGACCGUAUGCUGCGCUUGAUUGAGGCUCCGUUCGUAGCUGGUAUUUUAGUAAAGAAUCCAGAAACCAGUGAAAAAAACGGAGAUGCUGAACAUUUGUUUCAAUUCGUGGCGUGCUGUGCUGAUCAGCUUGAAGCAUUAGGAAAGCCUAUUAUGGCGGCUGGUGAGAUUUAUUCGAAAAGUAAAGAGAAGACGAGGGCAGAGGAGGAGAAUAAAGCAGCAGCAGUGUCAACGAACGUUGUCAUGAUUGCGUCCGAACGUUCCGGUCAUGCUUUGAAAAUUGUGAUUGUAUUGUCGACGAUGAAAGAAGUGCUGGAUUGGCGAUUGAAACAAUUGGAUAAGUUCAGCCUUGACAGAUUAACGGGGGCAUUUUUUCGGAUACUAAAGCACUGUGUGUUGCUGCUUCAAACAACUGUGGUACACAAGGAUCUGCUCACACAAGCAGGACUGGCAUACUGCUUAGUGCUACGAUUGCUGAUACAGCUGUCAGAGAGCUCUUCGACUAACACGACAAAGCUGUUGCUUCAGAUAGCGUAUCCAGAGCUUCACAUUUCCAGCUCUGAUGCAUGUUCUAAUGUGCAGUUGCGAGCACACAUCGAGGUGGACGGUACGAAGUUUGGCGGCCUAUCAAGACUGGCAGUGUACCGUGGCUUACUUAGCAGCCUUACGAAUCAUGAUUUAAUACAACCGUCUAAGACGUUUGGACUAACGACUAUGGAUCAGAGCUUGCUAAAUGCAAUUUUUAUAAGUGUUCAGCAAUUCUGCGUGCAGGAGUCAUAUAAUACGCGGUUAUUUGCGUUUCAGAUACUCGAAGCCUUCCUUCGCCGAGCUGUGUUAAUUUUGCAGCUACAUAAGAAAGAUCCACCACGAUGUGAUCAAUACUUGUCGGUUUUAACAGUCAAAACAUUGACAGGUUUGACGGCUGCUGUGCUGAUAAAUUGGGAGCAUCCCUCGAAAAAGGUAAACCAGUUCAUGGCUAGUGUCUUUGCGCAUGUCAUGAACUAUUUCUUACUAUCUGGUGACUUCCAUGACUGGAAUGACGUCCUCUUGCCGCGGUUGGUAGAACUACCCUCUACGAGCCGAGCAAAGUACGGAUCGUUGACACUUUUCGUCGCACACGCUGGAGCCCAAUCGGUGCUUCGAGCUUGCCCAACGCUCCUGUCAUCUUUACUCUUGGCAGUUGGUCAAAAGGAUAACGCAGCUCCGGCUGCUGCGAACUUGUUUGCGCAAAUUCUUGAUGAUCUAAGCCAUACCACAAUCAAAGAAAAAUGCGAUGAGAAUCAUUCGAAGCCAGAUGUCCAGACUGUGGGUGCGUGGCGCCAACUCUGGCUUUCGGAUGUAAUAAAUUUGAUCUUAUCACGAGAUGAAAGUCUUCGAUCGCGUGUGGUGAUGUAUGUGGUUCCUUUGUUGCUAAAAAAAGAUCCCGAAUCCAUGCUUAUUUUGAUUCAGCGUCUGCAAGUCGAAGCAUCAAAUAAUGGAAAACAGAACGAUGCCGAUGUCGCAUUGUGGGCUGAGCUUGAGGUGCUUAAGUUUGCACGCAAAAAGCUGGCACCUGAAAUGCUCGUUGGUGUGUCCAUGAAGAGGAUUGAGUGCGGUCUACGACACGGGAACGGGGAAACGCGAGUCGCAGCUUUUGAUGCGUUGUGUGCGUCACUGAAAUCGACAAGCAUGCCCUCACUAGAUGAGUUACGUUUGAUAAAGCUAUAUUUGGUGUUGAAUGGGAAAGAAAUUGAUUCCGCUAACCUGAUGAACACGCUGCUGGGUCUGAAAACCGUUCUUAUUCGCAUCAAAGAGGCAAUUCGUCUUGCUACAAAGAAUGUUACUAAUCCAAAUUUUAGUCAUGUGUCUCUUUCUAAAUAUUCAACCGUCCGUGAUGAGUUUGUUGCUGCAGUAUCGUUCAAGCAGUGGAUUGAAAUUUUUAUUGUCACAUCUGUGUAUCCCGGUGCGAUUCCCCAGCGUUUGACGCUUGGUCUGGAGAUUUUUCUGCUGUACAUCCAGCUCUUUGGGCUCGAUAAAUGUAAUGAAGAGCAGAGUUCACGAAAUCUCUUGUUUACUAAACAAAUGGUGACAGUACUUUUGAGCAUGCUAAUUAGUGCGUGGGAUUCCAUUCGGUCCUUAGCCGAUACAAUUCUUAAUCUGUAUCCAGAUGAAUUGCCGGGAUACUCGACGCGCGACGAACUCGCUACUCUACUUCACUGGGCUGUCGGACUUUGCGGUAGUCCCCGUCAGCGUGAAAGCGAUGCUGGUGCCCUGUUUAUUCGGCUGCUUUUUCAGAAGUGUAGUUCAGCAAUCCAACGCUUCGAAUUAAAACUUCAGCGCUUGUCGGAAAAUGAUUUUGGGGAGACGAGAGUUAACGCUUGCAAACCUGAUGUAGCCUUUGUUUUGCAGCUGACGCACGCCAUCGGCUCACGCAUUGAUGCCUUGAGUCCAGCUGACAUUCACCGGGGCGAGUCACCGCUUGUGCAUGGCUUGUUGCUAUCGCUUCACUACGUACUCGAUAGCGUUUCAUUCGAUCAACUCACACCAUGUGAAGCUGCGGACUGGCCGAAGGCUAUGACUCAAGUGUUUACCGUCAUCCACCAGUCUAUGCGUGCGUCACUUGCUGUAGUCGGCGAUGUGACUUCUGGCACCGGUGGCGAUGAGAAUUCAGCUUCAUUUGCCGGUAUUGUGGGCGAGGUAAGUGCAGUUGCUAAAACAUCAAACUCCGCUUUACGAGUCGACUGCCGUGGCCACUUAAUCGUCGAAAACGGUGAUUGUGGUCUGUACGGAGAAAAUGAAAGCGAAAAUGCAGAGCAGCGAGCUGUGGUAAGCAGUUGGUUAGCGGCUCGUGAAUGCUGCAUCAUUCUCGAGCUGCUUGUGCGUCGCGUACCACUUCCUAGAUUGGAUCUAGCUCCGGGUUCGAUCUCGUUUUUCAGCGUUGAGAUGGCGCAAUCUGGAGGAGAGGCAUUGUUGAAUUCGCUGUUCGAACUGAAGCACAAGGGUGCACUUGCUAUGGCGUACCAAUCGUUUGAAGGUGUAUGCCGCGCAUUUCUAGCAAAUGGUGAGCACAACUCAGUACUCGGAGGCCUGCCUUUACGUUGGGCUGAUAGGUUGCUAGAGCGUUUGAAACGAUCAAAACAGCAAUUUAUCCUGCGUCGAAGCUCCGGUUUUGCAUUUAGUUUCGUUGCGAUUCUUCGGGCAGAGCCGCGUAACUCCGCUGCUGUGAUCCUACCAAAGGUGAUGUCGACGCUGCUAUGUGUCGCAGGCGAAGACACAGACGCUGCUGAAACGCUGGAUGUACAACAGGGUCAUCACUUGCUGCGAGCUCGAGUGCACGCACUGAACAUUCUUAAACUCAUAUGCCAAGAUGCCGUGCUUGCAGAAGAUGUAGCCCUUUAUAUUGUAGAUAUGUUCGAACUGGCCGUGCGGGGUUUCGACUGUGGGUCUUGGGCCGUCCGCAAUUCAUCAAUGAUGCUAUUUGCUGCGUCCAUGCAGCGCGCGAUCGGAGAUAAGCGCAUUGCGGACGGUCGAGUAUGUCAACAAGUUGCUUGCGAUAGCGUGUUUUCCCGCUUUUUGCAACUUCGUGGCUUUCUCGCUCGUGAGCUGACCAGGUUAUUGGCACAUGACAGUAAGCCUAGUAAUGCGUUCAAUGCCGCCGCUCGGCUUGGACUGUAUCCAUUGCUCUUGUUUCUAAGCCGCCUGCGACCUGGCGACGAAGACGAUCAGCGCGUAACGACAGCAUGUGACGGCCGUAAUAACUUGUCAAUUUUUGUUCCUCUUGUAAUGCAGUGCGCAUCGCAACCGACAAUGACCGUCCGACACAUGGCUGCGAAAGUUUUGGCGUCCAUCGUGGGUAAAAUGGACGCUGCAUCCGUGCUAUUGACACUCUGUGCAGAGCUUCCUCGUGGCAUCUGCAUCACCGGAAAAGAAGUCGCUUUAAAGUCACACAAUUAUGUCCAUGGUGUUCUUACCCAAAUCCGGCACCUGACCACAAAGUAUCUUUCUCUAAAAGGCAUGCAAAACAGCCCUCACCUUAUAAAUGCUCAGGCUGAAGUUUUCAGCGUUGCAGUUUCCAAAGUGCUUCCAUCGAUAAUGUGGCUCUGGGAAGGUGAAGAUGCCGAUCAUAUAAAUCCUGUCAUACGAGCAGAAGCGGUCGCAAUAUUAAACGUGAUUUUACGAUUUUAUAUGAACGACGUUUCAGGCGCACUUGAGAUGUUAAAGGAAACAGCUCUGAAGGAAGCUUUUGUUCAGACGAUUCAAAUUAUCCAAAUGGAAGCUAAACAACAAUUGCUGCAGCGCUGUGAAUCGAAUAGGAAUGCUGCACUGCUUCAAUCGAUCCGCCCGGGUAUGUCCGUUCUGGAUCGUGAACUAGUGAGGGUCUCGUUUAAUUUGUGGACUGAGUUUGGUUCUAAGCAGCCAUGUAACGACCUCGUGAAGAAGAUGCUUUUUUCGAAAUCGCUACAAAUUCGGAAGGAAGCUACCAAACAUCUAGCAAACAAAGUAGUAUUUGCAGACUUGAAGACAAAUGCUGCUGAUGAGUUCCAAGCUCUUUUUAUCAAUCAAUAUUUUGAAGAGACUCAUCCUAAAGUACGAGCUCGACAGCUUCAGCUGCUGGCGAGCUUCGAAUCUCAACGAAAGAUUGCCAAUACGCAAACUCAACGAAUGCAACUGCAGAUGCAGCUAAUGCAUAUUUUGAACACAUCAGCUGAUCCUCGGAUUCUUGCACCAGCAUUGGAGCUGCUGGCUAUUCUUGCUUCUUACAACCAAGACCCGGAACACGAUGCAUCAAUUCGAGCUUUGUGUCAGGAAAUUGAAUUGCGUUCUGACGAUUCUCAGCCGCUGAUGUUACGCCAAGCUGCCGCCUCGGCGCUUCGUCAUAGUCGCCAAAUUUUACUACACACGAAGCAGAAAUUAGACAGUGACCUAGCUCUGACUGGCUGGAUGAGUGCAGUUCAAUUGCUUCAAGAUGAUAAUGUGCAUGUGAGGGCAUGCGCACGACGCGCUGUGUUGGAGACCCUUGCUGAAGCUUCAAAAGAUCCGAGCACGACCAAUGCUUUUUCGGGAACAUCCUUGUCGGACGCAAUGACUUUACCUGUUGCAGUAAAUUUUGUUGUAUCAUCCUUCGCGCAUACAGAAAUUGGCGCUAAAUUCUUGUCAAAGUUGUUGAUGAAACUCAUUGACGCGCCCAAAAUUCUCGAUGCUUAUUCCAGUGCUUCCGGGGCCAAGGCGCAAGACUGGGAUAAUUUAUACCGCCGCAUUUUCGAUUCGGAAAGCAACAAUUAUUUUGUUGAGCGUGAUACUCUCGCACAGAAUCUAGUCCACGCUUUGUUCGUGCGCACUUUGUACGAUAAUGAGUCGAUGCACCGUUUGCGAUGUCAAAUUUUGACAAAUGCAGCAAGUGUGCUUACAAUAUUAAAACAGAAAGUGCAAGUGGAAACCAAGAGCAGCCAGUGGUUGGGAGGUAUCACUUACUACUCUGACUUGUUUUCUCCGCUAUUUGGACUUCUUGCGGCAGCUGUUGCAAUCACGACUUCUUCAUCGUGUCCGCUUUCAGCCGAGUUUCAGUCGCUUGCUGGUCAAGUUCGUGAGCUCGCCCAUGAAGCCUAUACCAUGUACAGUAAGGAUGAGGCAAUCCACCCACUUGUGAUUCGAGCGCUUGAGCUGCUUGCCUGCACCGAUCAAUCUAGUUCAACAGUCAUUAACGUUGAUCCAGUAAAAGAGCUGCUGUAUCUGACGCCGUACUGGAAAGCUUUGACAGAAGCGUGGGCUGCAUAG